AUGGUUAUAACCACCAAUCUUCGCCCUCAGGCACCCGAGUUCCAGCCCCAAAGGAACAAGCAGUCUAUUGGCGGCAUUCCCUCCGGCUCAAACACAGCUGUUCCUACUCCAACUCGCACUCCUCAGCCUACCACCAAAGUUGCCUCAGAUGCAGCUCAACAAAUUGCAGACAAGGUUGCUGCAGACCACCGUGGCUCAUUCUCGACUCUUUCCGAGUCGACAACUGCUGCUACUUACAACAAUCCCAUCUCAGAGGAAGCCUGUUCUCCCAAGGCCAUUUUGACUGCGACGGACAGUUCUGCCUCGUCUUCACCAGCCAAGGCUAAGAAUGUUCGCCGCCUCAUCCAUGAUGACGAGCCUAGCCAGAUUACGGUCAGCGCUCCUCACAUGGAGAACACCCGCAUCGACAGUGCUCCUGCUUCGGCUCAUGUCCGCAGACGCCCUCCCCAGGCUCAGCAGUUCUAUGUUCCCAGCGCCUCUGCUGCAACACAGUUCUCACCAGUUUAUGGCUUUUCCUACCCGUACGGCCCGAGUGUCAGCCCGUACUCGUACCAGGCCCAGCCUUACUACCAUGUCCCUUUCGCCAAUACUGGCAUGGCAACCAACCUUGUCAAUCCGCAGGGCCAGACCAUCAUGUCAGCUGGGCCAGACCCCAUUUCUGAGGGUCGUCGCAUCUAUAUUGGCAAUCUGAAGUACAGCGUCAACCGCCAUGGAGUUAAGCGACUUCUUCGCGCUCACGGCGUCAACGAGAGCGUCGAGAAGAUCUACAUGCCGUACAGCGAUACGCCUCUCGAGUCUUCCUGCUCCGUCAAGGACGGCCGCGGCGGUUCGUUAGCCGAUAGCCCUGCCCGUGCUGCCUAUCCCAGCACCAUUCCCCUGGACCGUCCCGGUGAAUCCCAACGCAGAGAAAGUCCUGGUGACCUUCCCAACAAGGGCUUUGUCUUCGUCACCUACUCCAACGUGCUUGAAGCCGAGGAAGCCAUCCAGCGCCUAUCCGGUGUCAUACAUCUCGGUCGCCGCCUUGUCUGUCGUCCUGGCUUGCCCAAAGGCGUCGCGUUUCGCCAGGCUGACGUCAGCAGUGAAUCCGGCUUCUACAACGGCGGUAAGCGACGUCGUCAGAAGACGUUCCGAGGUGGUCGAUCCCAGGACUUUAAUGAGGAUCAAGAUUAUGGCUAUGGCCAUGGCAACGGCUACCACUACGAUUCUGGCAGUUACGGCGGCGGGCGCUAUGGUGAAGGUUACGCUCCUCGUGGCUCAAUGGACUCGGGCUACCGAUCGGCUCCCGCUGAUGUCUACAAGACUUCUCCUGUCGUUUACUACCGUCCCACCUACACCAACGGCAACUACGGCUAUUAA